AUGGCCCUCACGUCCCAGCGCAGUAGCAGCAGCAGCAGCAGCAGCAGCAGCAGGCCUGGACAGACUGAUCCUGAUCCUGACCCUUCCUCCUCUAAGGCUCAUCUCCACACCAACGGUGGCAGCACAAGAAGAAGAAUUAGUAGAAGAAGAAGCAGUACUAGCAGUGCCAAUAGCAGUACCAGCAGCACAGGCACAGAAGUAUUAUUCCCGCCCCCCGGCCGAGAAACGUCGUCUUCCUCCACUUCCACUUCCACUUCCGAUCACACGCCAUCAUCCGGCUCCUCCUCACCAAGAUCAGCAUCCUCCUCCUCCACAGAAACAGAGGUAAAAUCAAAAGACGGGGUAGUACUUGAGAGAGGACGCAACACAAGAAGAGGGGGAUCGGCAUCGUCAAGUAAUAAUAAUAAUAAGAACCAGACAAGCAUAUUAAUCUCAUCUCCAUCAUCUCUUCCUGCAGCACGUCCUGCUCCUGCACCUGCUGCUGCAUCUGCACACCCACGGCCUCAACCACAACUGCACCCACAACCUCCCACCUGCUCCACCUGCUCCUCCUCCUCCUCCUGCUGCUGCUCGACGUCGUCCACAAGCAGUACCAAUCGCCCGAGAGAGCCUGUCAGGACGAAGACUCAGGGAAGUAGCAGCACUGUUACUACUAGCACUUCUACUGCUACUACUAGUAUUACUACUACGCCCACUACUGUUACUACUGCUAGUACCACUGCUACUAUUGGCCGUAGUAAGACUCGGAUCACCGCUAGCACUGUUUUGUCCCCCACCAACAGCAACGACACAACCGCCAGCCAAAACACCAACACUCGCUGCACAAACAACCCAAACAACCACACAGAGACAGCUUCUUCCUCUUCCUCUUCCAGUGCUGCUGCUGCAUCCCCCACACAGAUCACACCCAUCACCACAACCACAACCACAACCACACCCAGCAUAUCCACACCCACAACCACACCCACCACACACACAUCCACAGCCUCAAAUACUUUGCCUCCGUCCUCAACCACACCCCCCACAGGGACUGCAAACAACGAUACAAACAAUAAUACACGCUCGUCUAUCACAGCCAGACACCCACCAGCAGCAACACCAGCAGCACCACCACCACAUCCACCACCACCAGCAUCACUCCUCACACACUCGCGUGCGUCUAGUCGCUCCAGUAAUCUCACAACAACCUCAUCCACAAACCGCCAUCCCAGCCGCGACCAUUCCUCCCACACACGCUCAAAGUCUGCUUUGCUCCCGUCGUCAACAACGUCUACUGCCCCCCUCUUCUUACAAUCCUCAAAACACAGGUACCAGCAGCAGCACGCUUCAACCACCACCACUUCCACCACUCCCAGCUCACGACAACCCGUUGCCCAGUCAACAGAACCACAACCACAACCACAAUCAGUCCGUGCGCAGCGUCACAUCUCAGACACUGCCGCUACAGCAAAAAAGACCGCGUCCACCACCACCACUGCUGCUACUACCACUGCUCCUCCGGCCGCUGCAGCGCCAGAAGAAAAAGUAUCAGCUACUACUACUACUGCUAGACGGCCCGCGCGGUUCAGUAGUAAUGGUAUAGCGACAAGCACCGGACCUCCACCGUCACUCGCUUACCGCCGCACAAACACCGCCGCCGCAAUGAUGGAGAAUCGCUUCUCGUCGUCGCCGCGCACAAUGAAUCUGAAUAAUGGGGGCGCUAGGGAUAGCAUCAACAACAGCAACAGCAUAAACAACAUUACAAGUAGUACUACAAGCCAUGGGGAGAGGAGCUCGUUCGCGAGGAGGGAUAGGGAUAGGGAUAGGGAUAGGGAUAGGGAUAGUAGGACGAGGGAUGUCACGACGCCGAUUGCGAGGGAGGCACUGGGUGGGCUGUCGAGAGAGGGGUCGAGAAGGAAUUCAAGGAUCGAGAGGGCAUACGAGGAUGAGAGGACGAUCAGGGGUCUGGAGGACUUGCAGAGAGAGGCGGCCGGGAUUGAGGAUGCAGGCCAGGAUCCUGGCGAGAUGGGCGGGGAGGACGUGUUCUUGAACCUGGCCAGGAGCAACUCGGUAUCGAGUUAUACGGAUAAUCCAGCCUAUAGGGCUGAACGCAGGAGGUCACGCCUCACGCAACUGACGCAGCAACGAAAUUCGCUUCCCGCGGACACCUUUUCGGGAUCGCCAUUACGCGCGAUACAGACGCACUCGCAGGCCAACCGCACGCUCACAAACUCACCUGCGCCGAGCACCCGCGAUAACGGCAACUGGCACCAGGACCGUGUUUCGACACCGCCCACAUCCUAUCGCGACCGCAGGCUGUCGAAUGCAUCGCUACUGGACAACAACAGUAACAUCGAUGAGCAAGGCAAGGCCGUGACCCCGCGCGCAUCCUUCUCCCGUCCUCUCAGCAUGCUGCGACGGGAGCGCUCGCCGGGAACGUCCUCUCACACACGAAGCUACUCGAUGGCCGAGCCCGUUGCGAGGACUCGGUCGGGGCUUUCCAAUCAUGUGGCGCCACGCGCGACGCACUCGAGCCCGCAGGACGUGUCGCCGCGCGAUGUGGGUGUCGGACUGGGCCAGCGCGAGAGGCCGCCGCCGGUGUCCACGAGGAUGAUGAUGGGCGUGGAGCAGCACCCCGAUGCCGCCGAUCCUAUCACACCCACGAGGCCCGAUCAGCAGAGCGUCAGUGGCGACAAGAGCGUGUCGGGUGGCAACGACGACUCCUCGUCGGUAUCGACAACCGCGCCAAGUACCGUGUGGGACGAGCUCGACGAUCUCAAGUCCCGCAUUCGCCGCCUCGAGCUCACGGGCCGAAUACCGGCGUCGGCGUCGGGCGUGGCGAGUCUGAGCAGCAGCUUCAACACCGUGGGCGGUGCGUCGAAUUCCUCGGGUGAGCGCCCGAGAACGGCGACAACGACCGUCACAACUAUCUCUUCGUCGCCGCGGAAUAACAAGGAGAGUGGCAUCUCGCCGAUAAACUCCACGUUCGGCCACCGCGAUCACUCGAUAAACAACCACCCCCUCCUCCACGCCGCGCUGGCAAAGUCGAAAUCGUUGAUACCGCCAGAAGUAUACAAGUACCUCGAGGUCGCGGCGAACGACGCAGCGGCACUGGCAAGUACGGUCAGUAACGCCGCUGCCGCUGCCUCCUCGUCGGGGUCUCCUGGCUCUUCUUCUGGGACACUGGCGUCCGAUCGACAGGUCCGCCGCAAGGCCGACAGCGUCUGUAGGAGUUUGACGGAGUUGUGCAUCGCGCUCUCGGAGAACAGAUCGUCUCUGGGUGGCGCGGGGGCACCAAACUUCUCGCUCCACUUGUCGCAGCAUUAUGGCGGCGGCGGCGCAAGGCCCGAGAGUCGGGGUGUGGGGAUGGGCGUGGGGAAUGAUAGUAUUCUGGGGAGGUCGGAUAGUGUGCUAGGGAGAGAACGCAUCCUGGGGCGGGAGCGGGGAGACAGCAUCCUCGGCCGCACCAGGGAGGAGAGCAUCCUCGGCCGCGACAGCGUCCUGGGACGUGAGUCCGUGCUGGGCCGCGAAAGCGUGCUCGGGCGUGAGUCCGUCCUGGGCCGCGGCGAAAGCGCAAUGGGCGAGCGCAUAUCGUCCCGCAUCUCUAGCCGCUUCGCAGACCGCAUCGCGGAGCGGAAGGGCAGCCUCGCGUCCAUCUCCACGUCCACGGGCUUCCUCAAGUCGUCGCCGCGCCAGCAGCUCGCAGAGCACCGCGAGAUGCCGGAGGAGGCGGCGGUCCCGAGUCCGACUACGCCGGGGAACCUCCGCUCGAGAAAUUCGAUGCUGUUGAAGGCCCGGCAUAUGUUUGACGACGAGGAGGACCCGGAGAGUAGUUUCCGAUCGCCGAGUCGUGCGGCCACGGAGGUGUUGAGCCAUAGGCAGCACCACCAUAGAGAGACGACGUACCAUAUGACGCCUGACCGCGCGGACCGGGCGGGGUCGAAUGCGCUCCCGCCGCGAAGGCAGUAUGUGGUGUCGCAUGGCACGUCGCUGGCGCAGGGGGGAUUGGCGUCGCCUGUGGUGCAUCAGAGUAGUGGGCAGAGGCGCUUCUUUAGUGGCAGCAGCGAGAGGGCCGAGAUGAGGGAGCGCGAUGAGAGGGCGGCGUAUGAGAUGCAGAAUGCGGCCGAGCAGCAGCAGCAGGAUGCCUAUACGACGCAGGGGAGGUUUAGGAGUGGGAGUUUUGGGAGGACGCCGAGUAGUGCGAGGAGGCCGGCGAGAGUGUUGAGGGAGAGUGUGGAUCUGGAUAGUCGCCAGGAGGGGGGGAGUUUGGGGAGGACGCCCGGGGGGGAGAGAUUGUUGGGGAGGAGGUAA